UGCCGCCGGUCCACCGUCCGCAUCGUCCCUUGUAAACACUAAACAACAGAAAUCGUCGUCUCGUGUGUUGUUCCCCCGUCCCACCGAGCGGUGUGUUGUCGAGGUUCUCGACCGAGAUAGAACAUGACAAAAAUGGCCGACGGCGUGGACAUCGAUUUGUACGCCGACGACUUGGAACAAGACUUUGCUCAGGAAGAAUUUUCGGGAAAUGACAAUGUGGACUUAUAUGAUGACGUCAUAUCUGGGACCAAUGAUAGUACUCAGACAAGACAAGUAGAAUCGUCUCCUAGUUCAAACAGCCAAAGUAGUACUCCGUUAGUGACAAAUGGCUCGUCUAAUAAUAGUACCACAAGUAAUAAUACUACAACUGGACGCAGAUACCAAUUGUAUAUUGGAAAUUUAACAUGGUGGACUACCGAUCAAGACAUAACAGACAGCGUGACAAGCAUAGGUGUUUCGGAUUUCAUCGAAGUGAAAUUCUUUGAAAAUCGAGGCAAUGGUCAAUCUAAAGGCUUUUGCGUCGUCACUCUGGGAUCGGAGCACAGUUUACGGCUGGUCAUGGACAGGCUGCCAAAGAAGGAACUUCACGGACAAUCGCCGGUCGUCACUUUCCCAACCAAACAAGCACUUUUGCAGUUUGAAUCGCAGUCUAAAACUCGGCCAUUACCUCCACCUAAUAAUCAGAACAUGCCCGCCAUGGGAAUGUCGAGAGCUCCCGGUCAAGUUAUGCAGCAACCCAUGCGCGGACCCAUGAUCCCGCAGCAGCCCAUGAUGCAGCAACAAGGCAUGAGACCUAGAAUGCCUAUGCAGGGUAUGCAACAAAACCCUCAAGGAAUGCAGCCGCCCAUGGGUAUGACUAAUGGCCAUAGAAUGCCUAUGCAACCUGGUGGUCCUAUGGGUCCUCAUCAACAAGGACCGCCGCCACCGGGUUACCAAAACCAGUGGAAUGGUCCUAAUCAGCAAAUGGGUCCGCCAAGACCAGGAAUGCCUCCGCAAGGACCGGUAGGACAACCAAGAGGACCUCCUCCAGGAAUGUUUCCACCUGGGCAAGGUCCACCACGAAUGGGUCCACCACAAGGUCCACAAGGUCCUCAAGGACCCGGCGGUCCGCGUACUGAUUGGAAUCGCCCACCUGGAAUGCCACCCCAUCAAAUGGCUCCACCUGGCUCUGGUUUUGCACCACAUCAACAAGGUCCACCGAUGCAGGGUCCUCCCCCUGGCCAAGGUCCUGUCCAAAUGAUGCAAGGAGGUCCUGGCCAAGCUCCAGCUCCUCACGUGAAUCCUGCAUUUUUCCAACAGCCAACUGGUGCACCGCAAGGUCCUCCGGGGCAUCCGGGAUAUGGUCCCCCCAACGGCGGAGCUACUUCCCGCCCUUACAUGGCUAACGAUAUGGGAAUGUCUGAACAAGAAUUGGAAGAAAUAAUGAGUCGUAAUCGGACUGUAUCUAGUUCAGCUAUCGCUCGGGCUGUUGCUGAUGCCGCAGCUGGUGAAUAUUCAAAUGCUAUUGAAACUUUGGUCACUGCAAUAUCGUUAAUUAAACAGUCAAAAGUUGCAAACGACGAAAGAUGCAAAAUAUUGGUUAGUUCUCUGCACGACACAUUGCAUGGCAUCGAGACCAAGAGUUACAGUUCACGAAGAGAGAGGUCUAGAUCACCUCGUGACAGAUUGCAUCGAAGGUCAAGGCGUGAACGAAGUCGAUCUCGUGAACGUGACUACAGGGAUAGGAGUCGAGAACGUGAUCGUGAUCGAGAAAGGGAUCGUGACAAAUAUGUUGACAGGUAUGUUGACCGUUACUAUGCUACAGAUCGAGACGGUGAUAGAGAUAGAGAAAGGGAAAGGGAUCGCGAAUACAGAGAGAGGAGUCGCGAAGACAGUUUAUUGUUUAACAGUUCUGUAAAAGCAAGCAGCCGCAGUAGAAAAAUCACUCCGCCCGAUGUAACCGAGUCUGUUCCUGUAUCCUCUAAAUCCAGGUAUUAUGAUGAUCGUUAUCGGGAACGUGAACGUGAUAGGGACCGAGAACGUGACCGCGAUCGUGAACGUGAACGAGAGCCAGUGUCGAGCAGACGUGCAGUAGAUCCUGACAGAGAUAUCGAACGAGAACGCGAUCGUAGAGAAGACAGAGCCGAAUCUUCACACCGUAGUUCUAGACAUUAAAUACAUAUGUGGCGCCGCUGAUCCAUCCGUUUAUAUUGUAUAAAUACAAGUUUAUACAAGGCUGUAUUGUUUGAAAUAAUGUAUCCAUUUGUAGUAUGUACAAAAGUCAUGGAUCGUGUAACGAUGAUUAUAAUAUUGUACUAUUAACCUUUUUGUUUUGCGGGUGGUUUUUAAAACUUUAUUGUCAAUAAUAAUAAUAAUAUUGAACAUUUUUAAUGUAUUUUUUCAUUUUCUCUCCAGUUUAACAUUUUUACUGUAAUUGUGUUUCUUUUUUUUUCUUUUUUUUUUUUAUAAAUAUACAAUUGUAAAUCAUGUUUGUAUAACUGUUAAGAUUGAUAUAUAUUAUUAUACAUUAAAUGUAAUUGAAAUGGCGCAUCAAGACAUCAAAUGACAGCUGGAUCUUGGAACACAAUUUUAGACUAGAUUAUUUUGGUAGUAACCUACUCGUGUAUUACUCAUUAUUACAAUUUACAUUAUUAUAAAACAUUUUUGUUCUUCAAUAAUAAGCCUAAAUUAUUAUUUAAUUAGGAAUUAUUUAUUAAAAAAUGUUAAACAAUAUCCGAAUCAUAUUGAACCUAUAAUUUAAUACAUACAUUUACCUAGCCUAUUAAUAAAACUUGUGUAUUAGAUUUAAGGUGAAUUUUUUUAUUUUUUCAUAUCUGUCCUUGGCGUUUUAAUUGCUACAUCUAUCUUUUGUAUGUUGUAGUAUUUAAGAUAAAUUAUUAUUAUUAUUUUAUAAUUUGUUUGAUUUUCCGAGACUUGUAUGCAUUCAAAUUUUUUUCAGAAUUAUGUGUGCAAAAAGAUACGUAAACAAAUAUUUAUUGUAAUAAUUAAUGUAUUACGAAUACCAGUAUUGUAUUACUUGCAAAAAUUAUGUAAGUUAAUGAAUUGUUCUAUGUUGUAGUUCAAUGUUACGUAUUAAAUCGAUUUUGUAUACGAGUCUCGCA